UUUCAAGCCGUGUGAAAAACUUGAGCUUGUAAACAUUUUCAGAAUUUUUUUGUCAUUUUCACCACUUUCAACAUAAUAUUUUCCCAAAGUCGUCUAACCAUCGUGAGCCUAUUACAUUAUUUUAUAAACUAUAUACGGUACCGGUACCUGAAUGAGUGGUGCAGAUAUACAGUAAUAGGUACUGGCAAGGAAUAAAUAAUGCCAACACAGGGCAAGGCAGAUCUCCUUUCGAGUACCAAGAAGAAAGUACGGGCGCUUCUCCUGUCUGCUAAAAAUGGAUUGCUUCUGCGGGAAUUUAUAACAGAUUACAAAGAUCUGAUCGGACAGCCGUUCCCAUAUCGUGAGAUUGGAUUCCCGACGGUAGAGUCAUGCCUGCAGGAAAUGAAAGAUGUUGUCUGGAUACAGCACCAACGCAAUGGCGAUGUCAAACUCAGGGGUGUUGCCGACGAAACCACGCAACACAUCGCAGAGUUGGUGUCGAAACAAAAGUCAAAAAAAUCUGGUGGGCGAUCACGGGUGCUGCCAUUGAAAACGAAGCAAGCUCUGAUGACAAAACAAAGACUGGAAAGACAGAUGCAGCUGGCUCAGCCAUAUGUCCCUCCGUUUAUAAGGACAAAUAUAUCACAGCUUUUGAAAGAACAUCCUGAUGGUAUUUCAGGGAGCUCAUUCAAUGCUAUAUAUUCUCGACGAUUUGGGACCCAGAUAGACUACAAUCGUCUCAGGUUCAACAAUGUUAAGGAACUUUUGCAGAGUAUUCAAGAUAUUGUCCACAUUGAAACAAUAUUUUCCGGAGGCAUAAGGAUAUUCAGCGUGGACAUGGCUCCGCAAAGUAAACAAGCGCGUCCAGCAGUUGAGCAACAAGGCAAAUAUGUUGUUCCACACUUACGAGGACUGCAGAGUUCUGGUCAGAAUAACAGCCUAGCUUCUCAAGAUUACAGCAAAACUGCAGAACAUUCCAGCAGACUAGUCGAAGAUAAGGACCACAGACCUCAGACAUCUUCCCUUGCUAAGCGAAGUAGUCCAAGUGAGCGUGAGAAGUCAUCUCAUGGCCACAGGCACCAUAGGGAGAAACCUGUUUAUGCUGAUGGCAUUCCUGCUGAUGUGAAGACAAAGUUACAGGCAGUGUUGAAAAGAAGGAAAGCUGGAAUGUUUUCCAGUCGUCUUCAGAGGGAAUUCAAGGACCUUCAUAACGAGGAACUGCCGUUCCAAAAGUUUGGUUUCACAAGCAUCAUCGAGUUUGUGUCAGCGCUGCCUGAUAUCGUAGCGAUCGAGAGACCGAACCCCAAAGGGGACUGGGUGCUGUAUGAUUCAGAGACCAGCAGCCGAAGCUCACAAUCUAUAAAUACUCAACCUGUUCCAAAGAAGGAUUCACAACCCAAGGCCAAUACAGAACUGGAGAAGCGAUUGGUAAAACUCCUCAACACAUAUCCCAAUGGUUUGUUGUCAGCCAUGCUCCCAGAGGUGUACAAGCAAGCCUAUGGCGAGGCCCUGUCUCCAGAAUGGUACAGGUUCAAGUCUAUUGAUGCUAUGAUACGCAGCCUUGCAGAUCGUGUACUGAAACUAUCCUAUCAAGGACAUGGUGACGUCUAUAUCUUUCCUCUGAGUUCGAACAAGUCAGCAGGUGUUCCAGACCCAGCGCCCUCACAGCCAAAUCCCCAGCAAGAGGUCCCAAGGCCGCUUCCACCGGUCCAGGCAUCAUCUAGUCACCAUGGUCAUAUCCCUCCCGAUGCCGUGCUCAGUGGUAGCACGUUUAUUAAACAAAGGAUACCCAAGGAUCCUGAGUACCUGGAAGUGUAUGUGUCGAACGUGACGCAUCCCGGAAAGAUCUGGGUUCAGCUGAAGGGAGUGUCUACCACAGAUUCGUUAGAGGAACUCAUGGAUGCUUUAGAGGAGGUCUACUGCGGCAACGAGUUUGAGCUUUAUAAGAUGCCAGAGGAUUACAUCAUGGUGGGCAUGCCUUGUGCUGUAGUGUUCCCAGAGGAUCAGAAUUGGCAUCGUUGCACCAUCACCUCGGCACCCGAGAACCAGCAAAUUGUGGAUGUGUAUUUCGAAGAUUAUGGAAACACGUGCAGCGUCCACAGGAAUGCCGUCCAUUUUCUGAAGUCGAAGUUCAUGAAGCUUCCGGCGCAAGCUAUUGAAGCAAGACUGGCUAAUAUCACCAUGGCUAAUGGGAAAUUUUGGACGGAGGCAUCGAAAAACUUCCUGUUGAAGUUGGUUGCCAACCAGGCAUUGAUUGCCUAUGUCACAGACUUUAAGUAUGACUAUAUGUCCAUUUGUCUGUGCGACACAAAUGGCAAAGAAGACGUUCACAUUAAUGACCUCCUGAUUGAGGAAUGCCACGCCAAGUUCCAACCAGACAACAUGACGACAGAAGUCUUGAAUGAUCUGCAAGAAGAUCUCACACUUGAGAAAGGAUUGGACUACGCAGGAAUAGAAGCCCCUACUCCACUCAUGGAAGAACUCACCAACAAUAUGGAGGCAAUGGAAAUGGAGAGUGGAAGGCGUUACAUCAAAUUUGUGCGUUUGAACCUGAUGUAUGAUGUCCAUCUAGUCAACUAUAACAACACAGCCUACCUCCCUGGGACAGAGAUAUCAGCUUUCUUCUGGGACACCAACAAGCUUAGGGCUAUGCUUCGUGCGAAGAAGUUGAUUGUUCCAAAUCAAGUUGUUUGCCAGGAGGAUGAUCCUGACCUCUUUGAAGAGUUCAAGCAUUUCCAAGUGAAAGGUUUGAUGGAAGGUGAAGAGGUGAAGCCCUAUACAACCAUCUAUGAGUUAUCUUCUGUGCCUGUGAUUCUGGAUGGCCUCAAACACCCGUCAUUAGAAUUGAAGAACAGCAUCAAGGACUUGAUAGAGAAGUUUGAUGCCGAGGAUUCGUAUUGGAGAGGAGAUGAGCCUGAAAUCAGCUAUGACUCGGAGAGUGAUGCCAUGACAUUUGAUCUCAGUUUGGAGGAUCUCAACCUCAUGUUGAAGGCAAUGCAGUUUAGGAGACAUCGUCUCCUGCAGAACAUGGGUACAUUGAGUACAUUCUCUGAGACGACCGUUGAUGAGGUGAAUGAGGUCGAGAUCCAGAUUAAUGCUAUCCAGGAGAAGAUCAAGUCUGUCUCUGGAAAGGAACAGAAGAAACUGAAGAUGACUGGUGAGAGUACCAGUAAGGCUACAUCCCACAUAGUGAGAGCAGACUCUGACGAGUUCAUACAAAAUUGUUUGGAUAACUUCCAAGUUGGAGGAGGAGACGCAAAUCAUCAAAAUCAGUACGGUGCCAAAUUUGAGGAACCCAGAACACCAAAUAUAAAUCGUGUGGCACCAUUUAUGGAUGCAGCAAUGGCUACCACGAUGACAACAAGUGCUGCCACAACAGGUGAUUCCAGUCACCAGGCCACAAUGGCAGGAGCAGCUCUGCCUUCAACUCAAGGAAACUUCAGCUUUGGUAAUCUCGGUAUGCCGAUGACGAGCCAAGUCGGCAUGGGAUUUCCUGGGUUAGGUUUGCCUCUCUCUACCCAGGCGGGGAACUUGCCAGGGGCUGGUGUGGGGAUGCCAGGGCUUUCCAUGCUCCCUUUGAACCAGGGUUUACUGACACCUCAACAGCAACAGCAGAUAUUGGCCAUGGCAUCAAUGUUACAAGCCCAGGGGGCCAUGAUGCCACAGGCAACCAUGCCAGCAAUGAGUACAGGUCGUGGGGCUGCACCAUUUUUAUUCCCACCUAUGAUGAAUUAUCCCGGCAUGUCAAAUCCUAUGAUGCCUCAAAUGCAGCCGCUUGGGCGUGGGCAGCCAAACACAACUCCGGCAAAUCCAUUUAAUCCUGGUACAAAACCAACAGGAAAGUAACUUGUGUUGAACUUUUUGACUUCAUCAAGCUGACUUUUAAACGGAAAGAAGAGGUCAGGGGGACUCUUGCUACGUGGUGCUUCAAUUGCAUUUUGGAGAUAAGUUUGUUUGCAUUUGUUUUAUUAUGUGUCAACUCAGGGCAGUUUGUGUAUCAGAGAUAUGUGAUAGUAGUUGCUGCGAAAGCAUUUAUUAAAACAGUACUGGUAUGUGCAUCGCUUGUUAUAAAAACAAAACAUUAUGUUAUCCUGGCAAAUAUUUCCUCCGCACACUUCUCGCUUUUAUGUGCUGGGAUAUGUGUCUAAUUGUUGUUAAUUGGCCAGUAUUACGAAUUGUACAAAGGUGGAGAGAGAUCUGGCACUUAACUCUGUGUAGCACUGCAUCAAGGCUUUUUCUGUACUUAGUCUUUUAUUCGCAAUAACUUGAACCUGGUGUGAUGUUAUAUAUUGUCAAGUUUUACUGCUAAUGAUCGGGAGUAUUUUCUAUUGAUGUCCUGUGGGAGACCAGGCAUGCAUAUUCAGCAUAGGGGUUGGUUUUGUUUAAUAACUGUAAUUUUUAACUUGGUGUCCGUGUGUAGGCAUGAUAGCCAACAGAAUCUUGAGUUGUAUAUAAUUCUGCUGCAGAAUUUGUUCGUUUAACAUUUACGAUAGAUUUUAUCGAUGAAGUAUGAGCAAGGAUUAUAAAAUGCUCUUAGCUACCAGAACUGAACCUGUGGUCUUCAUGGUUCUAGCCUGUGCUUGCGUUGUUCCUUUCUGUCAAAUUCAUUCACUUCAUAUCUGUACAUCAGUGUUGUUAAUAAGAGA